GGCGAGAGAGAUUGAGAGAGAGAGAGAGGCCGACCUUGUUCUUCUCUAGCUAGCUAGUGUCAUUUUCAAAUAUAUACUCUCGAGGAACUUAACAUGACUGCCUUUCAUCCCUCCCUUAUUUUCCUUUCCAUGCCUUUCUGGAAAUUCCUCAGCCUUCUCUCUUUCUUUACUUUCAUCCAUUUCUUGGCUUCUCAUUAAAUAUAAUCCACAGAUAUGUUAUCCCUCCACUUUUUACACUAAUAUUCUGCAGAUCAACAAACAAUCACUCACAUAUAACCAAAUCACUCCUCUCCUUUUUUUUUUUUUUCUUUUUUGUUAGUUCAAUCAGAAGCUCCUGCCUUGAGUUCUUGUUUUACCUUUUACUCAUCUCUCCCAAGGCUCUAUCUGUGUGUUUGUGUGUGGAGUGAAAGAAAGAAAGAGAGAGAUCCCACAUCUAUAUAUUUAUAUUACUUAAUUAGCAGUCUUAGAUUUGCUUAUUCAGAGAAAAGAGAAGCCAAGUUUUUGUUUGUUUAAAAAAAAGAUGCCCUUGGAGGGGAUUUUCAUAGAACCUAAUACAACCACCUCCAACUCCUCAUCACUCCCUGAUCUUUCUCUACACAUCAGUCUUCCCAACACUUCACCCAAUUGCAAUGGCAUGAAUCACAUUCAUGAUUCCUCGCUUAAUUCCCUAGCUUCUUCGCAACCUUACGGAACCACCACCGAGCUCUCCCUCACCCAUCCAGCCAAUCAUAUUAGCCAAGAACGAACACAUCACCUAAUGAGCCCUUUUCAUCACCAAAACUACGGAACCUCUUCAUCAUCGUCGAGUAUGGAGGCGUCGUUGAGACCGAUAAAGGGAAUCCCCGUGUACCAAAACCGUUCAUUCCCUUUCUUGCCAUUAGAUCAUCACCCCUCGAGAGAAAAACUAGAUCCAAAGAUGUGCUUGUAUCCGAUGCAAUCUUAUCCUAAUAACUCACCCUCGCUCUCUCACUCGCCUUAUUUUAGCGCGAACUUGGACCAAAUGUCUUCAAUCUUAAAUAAUUCUGGCCCUAAUGGAUCCUUCUCCGGGGGUUACAGGAUCCCCGGAGGAGCUUCUAGGUAUAACGGCCUCUCAUCUAAUUACAUUAAUCAUCAUCAUCACCAUGUUAACAACCAGUUCGGAGUUGGGGUUUCCGAGCCUUCACAUCACGCUAUGAUGAGAUCAAGAUUCCUGCCCAAGCUCCCUGCUAAAAGAAGUAUGAGAGCGCCAAGGAUGCGAUGGACAAGCACGCUUCAUGCUCGGUUUGUUCAUGCCGUUGAGCUACUUGGUGGCCAUGAAAGGGCAACUCCAAAGUCUGUUCUUGAGCUCAUGGAUGUCAAAGAUCUCACACUGGCUCAUGUCAAGAGCCAUUUACAGAUGUAUCGGACUGUUAAAACAACUGACAAACCAGCUGCUUCUUCGGGACAAUCGGAUGGAUCCGGAGAAGAAGAUAUUUCGACAUUGGGCAGCUCAGGGUCCGGCAGAUUCGCAGAUCCCAGACCCCCUUCUGAUCCAAGACUCUGGAGCAACUCUUCAAGCAACAGAGAGGAUUGGUUGCAGACUAACUCAGUCGACCCAGACCGGAUCAGACCGCUCUCGACAUUAACAUCGCAGCAGAGAUCUGCAGCUCACCAGAUUGAGGAAUGUGAUUCUGCCCAGCUGAAGAGCUACUUGGGAUCUAGUUUGGAUCACAAAAACCCAAGCCUGGAGUUCACAUUAGGGAGGCCAGGUUGAACGAGUGACCUAAUUGGAAGCAUAGAUGACCAUGCAUGCAUGCAUCUUUCUCUUUGGUUUUGCCUUAAAGUAUUCCGAGGAUAUGUCUUGUGUUGAUGUUAAAGAAAUUUUCAUGCUACAAGAAGAAAACAUAAAGAAAAAAAUGUUGAUCAGGGUGGAGAGAGGAUUGAGAUUUGGUCAUUUAGCAUGCAUAUGCAUGCAUGCUAACUUCUCUUUUGUAGUAUAGAAGCUUACUAUUUUUCUUUUUUACUUUGGUUUUAAAUGUUUUCUACACGUAGAGACUUCAAAGAGCUGGGAAAUAGUGAGAUGAGUUGAAA